UCCGGUGUUAAAAUAGUUCUUGAAAUAACAGAAAGUGAUAGUGAUUGAUUGAAUCAGCACAAACUGUAAAUCAUUGAUUGCCAUAUAAGAUCGUCACAACAAAAGAAAAUAUGGAACGUUUCGAUCUGCCAUGAUUCUCAUCGUUUGAACUCCGUGGAAAUAUUCUAGAUUCACCCCAUUCAACACUCCUAAUAAUGGUUUCCAAGCAACCGUUCAACUGGGGUUGAGGCAAAUAACAAUGCCCACCUACGUUGUAAUACCUUCAAACUGUUUUGCUAGUACGGUUGUAAUUUUUAUACAGGAGUGAAACUAGUUCCUCAAAUGUAAUAAUUGUACUAAUUGAACUCGGCACUACCACGUCACGUGUUUUUCGCCAAAGUGUGAAAAAUAUCGACAUUUAUAUUAUUCACCAAAAUGCGGAUUCACCAGCGGUGCGUAUGGUAAAUCAGAAAAUAACCUAAAACGGUAUCUUAGUGUUACGCGAUUCAAUAAGUUGGGUGAUAACCUUGCUCUGGUUAGAAAUUCUUCAAAAAUCGUGUCGAUGAUGGACAUUAAAAUAAAAAUGUGCUAGCGAUUAGGAAAUAUGGAAUUUUGGGAUAUGGAUGAUAGGAGAGAAUCACGACACAGAACAUUGCAAGGUCGAGGAAAUGAUUUCGUUGGAGGCAUCGACAAUGAAGCUUUGGAUUUUUCUCAGUUGGAAGAUUUCAUCAACAGCGAGGGAUCUCAGGGAAAUAAUUCGUAUUUUGGUGAAUCGCUGAAUUCGCCUUCUGGAAAACUCCUGAAUGUCAUUGUGGAAAACAAACGUAAUAACAACGGUCACUCAUUACCCGAAAGUCCACCUGAUAGCAGUUCGGAGCACCCGUAUAGCCCUCAGGAUGGCUGUGAUGCCCCCAUCACAGCCCAAGAGUCAAUAUAUACGAAUCUCAGUCAAAGUAUAUAUAAACCGACAAUACUCAGUCCAAUUUUAACGGACAACCUUAUCUUGGGGUCACACAUCGUUGUUACGGAUCAAAACAGUGAACAACUUUUAGAUAAUAGUAAUAUAAUGCAAGACAGUGGACUACUUGUAAGUGGAGACAUUAGGGGUAAUGCUACAAUUUUAAAUAACAGGACCAUACAAGAGAAUCUCCAGAGCGACUCGAGCAUUCUGCAGAGCAGGAUAAUCAUCUCUGAAAGCAAUGACAACAGCCGUCCAAUAUUAUUACCAUCAUCAGACACAUCAUCAAAUUUUGAGCGAAGUAUUUUCAAGAAUGAUGAGUAUGAAAAAAAUAUGGUGCAUUUGGGGUACAAUCAUAAUAUAGAAAACUUAUCCAGGACUAAUGUAGAGAAUAGCAUGUGUGAACAAAAUUUGGAUAGCCUACAAGGUGUUUACACGAAUUUGCAAUCAGCACCCAAGAAGAGAAAGCUGUCUCAAGACUCACCUAUAGUCAAAAGUGAACCGGAACACUGUACAGCUGGCCAACUCAGUCCCUCCGAUCAACUCAACUCAUCGGUAGAUGAAGAUUAUGCCUCUUCAGAAGCCUGUCUAUCAGAAUCUCAAUACCAAUGCAUAAGAUUUAGUAUAUUCCAGCAGAAUAACUGGCAUAUACUCUGUGAUCAGAAUUUGACAGAAUUGCCACUGCCUCAUUACCGGGUAGAUGCUGAUAAGGGUUUUAAUUUUUCAAAUGCCGAUGAUGCCUUCGUUUGUCAGAAAAAGAAUCAUUUCCAGAUAACUUGCCAUGUACAGCCUAUAGGCGAUGCUCAAUUUGUAAAAACUCCAGAUGGAUUUCAAAAGAUAUCUAGUUUUCACCUCCAUUUUUAUGGAGUCAAACAUGAUUGUCCUACCCAAACAAUAAGAGUAGAACAGAGUCAGAGUGAUAGAAGCAAAAAACCAUUCCAUCCUGUCUUAGUUGAAUUAGUGAAUUCUCAAAUGACGAAAGUUACGGUGGGUCGACUGCACUUCAGUGAAACAACUUCCAAUAACAUGCGUAAAAAAGGAAAGCCAAACCCCGAACAAAGAUAUUUUCAGCUUGUGGUUGGACUUCACGCACAUACAAGUAGUGGUAAUUUUCCAGUAGUAAGUCACGCCAGUCAAAAAAUUAUAGUUAGAGCAUCAAAUCCUGGUCAAUUCGAAAGUGAUGUAGAACUUUGUUGGCAAAAAGGGCAAACACAGGAUUCUGUAGUGCAUAGUGGUCGAGUAGGCAUUAAUACAGAUAGACCUGAUGAAUCCUUGGUAGUUCAUGGUAACAUUAAAAUAACAGGGCACAUCAUCCAACCAAGUGAUAUAAGAGCUAAGAAAAAUAUUGUGGAAUGUAAUUCUGCAGAGCAGUUGAAAAAUGUACAAAGACUACGAGUUGUGAGAUAUGAAUAUGAACCUAGUCUAGCCCAACAAUUGAGCAGAGACAGUGAGUUCUCAGAUACAGGGGUCAUUGCUCAGGAAGUGGCAACCGUUUUACCGGAGGCCGUGAGACCUGCUGGGGAUCUCAUAUUGCCAAAUGGGACUUCCAUUGAAAACUUUUUGGUUGUCAAUAAGGAGCGAAUAUUUAUGGAAAACAUUGGAGCUGUGAAAGAGCUUUGUAAAGUUACAGAUAACUUAGAAACGAGAAUUGAUCAAUUGGAGAGGAUUAAUAGAAGAUUAAGUAAAUUGAAACGAGGGGAUAGUUUAAAGUCUACAAGUACUGUUAAUAGUUCGAAAUUGUCUUAUAUCCACAAAUGCUCCAAGCAUCACCAUUCCUGCAAUAAAGAAGAAGAGCUGUGCUCAAAUAAAUUUAUACAAAUUGUUAUAGUUGUAUUGGUUUUAAUAAUGGCGUUUUGUUUAGCAGCAAUAACUACUCUCUAUUUAAUGGAAGUGACUCGCCGAUCACAGUUUAUGCAACCUUCCCUUGAAAGAUCUCACAAUAAUAAUUAUAUUACAAAAAGACCUUCCAAAACUACAAAGGCACAUACAUGGGCACCAACAACUUCUGCGUAUACAACACAUGCAUAUAAAGAAUCAGAAAUAACAAAAAUAACGUUAGAUCCCAGCCUUAUAAAUAGAAGACCGUCAUUCAUUAUAGGCAGACCUUUAGGUUGCCUUACUGUGGAGCAAGAUCUGGAAAGUUCGGAUUUAUGCCAGAUCUUCUGUUGUACAAAUCCCCCACAAAAGCCAACUCCGGAGCCUGUUGCUUCACACAUUUCUGAGAAAAGACCCAACUUGAACAAAACCAAGACAGGACCACUAAUAAGCAUUGAAAAAAAUAAAAUAUCGAAACCAUUUCAUUCCAAUGAUAUUGACAAGCAAAUAAGAUUGAAAAGAGAUACUUACAGUGACGAUCCUAAUUUCUUUGAUGUGACAGAUGAUCAAAUGUUUGUUGUUACAAUCCAAGGAAAGCAUUUCAAUACAACGUUAACGGACAAAUAUAAGGAUCCGGUUUCAAACUCUAUGUUCAAUCAUUCUUAUUCUAUCCCUAUUUCAAAGUACAUGCCCGAUGAAUUUAUUGCUUUAAUUUUCAGGUCAUCUCAAGAUAAAGUAAGGGACAUAGAACAGUGUCACAAUGACGACAAACAACAUGAAUGCCCUUUUGUCAGUUCACACGCAUAUUAUGAUGAUAAAAUGAAAAUAAGGCACAAAGUCAAUGAAAACAGUCCUAAAAUUAUUGAAAACUUUCCCAGUCAAAUCUUUGGCAUUCAAAAUAUCGUUUUUGAAGUUGAUAUGAUUGAUUUUCAAUCCAAAGUUAUGACUUAUAGAGCAUCACUUGGACAGAAUCAGAAUAUUUGCAAAUUAUCAUCAACCAAAUUAGGGAUAGAAUUCCUGGAAUAUAAUUUUCAUUUUUAUAGACACUGUGAUGAGUAAGAUUUUUACAUACUAUUUUUUUCCUAUUAAGUUUAAGAUAAGAUAUUUCUUCACAUGAACAAAAGUUUGAAAAGCAUGACAGAUUUUAUUGUAUAGUAUGAUUUGUAAAUUGGUGAUCUGAGAAUUUUUUGUGGACAUUGUUAUUUUUUCGUUUUGUUUUAUGUUAUAUAUUCAGAUAUAUAUUGUAGCAGAAAUAAAGUAUAAUAUUUAUUUCAA